GCGGCAUUCCACUCCGGGUGACCGCUGGCUGCGGUGCCUGGAGGCGAGUGCGGCUGGAGAACCGAGCGCGAGGAUUAAAGGUCUUUGGACAACUUGCAAGAGUCCGUUCUCUCCUACUAUGUGGGUCCCAGCGAUGGAACUCGGGUUGUAAGGUUUGGCAGCAAUCGCCUUUACCAGCUGAGCCACCUAGCUGGUCCCAGACUAGGAUUGUUCCCUGUGCCCACAGAUAGGACUGUCACAAAUGCUGGCUCCAGCUCCGGGGGAUCCAACACCCUCGGUAGGAACAUGGAGUCUGAGGACAUUUCAUCGCCUGCCUGAGGUCACCGAGCUGUAGAGCUAAGGAUUUAAACCCAGACUGUCUGGCUCCAUACUCCUAGUGCUCCUCCUUAUAACUCAUGCAGUAUUUCGUUCUCUCACCAUGAAGAGAAAGAGUGUCUCAGAGGUGAAGACUACAGCCCCAGUUAAUGAAGCCUUACCUUCACCAAAUCCUGAUCAGACACCAAACCAGCUCUCUGAAAAGAAGCGAAGAAUUCCAACCACAUCUUUGCCAACCUGGUACAAGGAACCAGUGAUCUUCAAAGAUGUAGCUGUGUACUUCAGCCAGAAAGAGUGGCAGCUACUGGAGCCUGCUCAGAAGGACCUGUACAAGGAUGUGAUGCUGGAGAACUACGGGAACCUGAUCUCUGUGGAAUAUUAUAUUUUUAAGCCAAAGUUGAUCACCAGAUUGGAGCAAGGAAUUGACCUUUUUGCCAAAGAGAAUGAUACUCCUGGAGACCCCCAGCAAGGUGAGGCGGGAGUCAGCAGAAGUGACACCUCUGCAGGGAAGAAGACGGGGAAUAAUUCCACAAAGGCAGAAACCCGGAAGCCAGAUAACUCUAAGAACGUGUCACAGGAGAAGCUGAAGAAGGCAGAUCAAGGGGGUGGUUCCCAGAAUUUGAGAGCAGAAAAGACCUCAAAAAGUGAUGACAGGCCAUCUCAAAAUAAGGAGAAGAGUGACUCAACUUCGACUACAGAAGCAGGCAAAACCACCAAUCCUGGCAAUCAGGAGAAUGAAUCUGCAGCCCCGGGGACAUCUUCGAGUCAAACACCAUCAACUACAGCACCACAGAGCACUCCUCCAGAAAAGUCGACAUCAGGGAAAGAUGGUCAAGGAAAAUCACCUAACACCAGCAGUUCCACAAACCCAAAGCGCAAGCCUGCCCGACAAGGUAAAAACCACUUUAAAUGCAAGGAAUGUGGGAAAACCUUCAACCAGACCCUCCACCUCGUGGAGCAUGAGCGAAUCCACACGGGAGAGAAACCCCACAAGUGCGACACGUGCGGCAAAUCUUUCCGGCACCUCUCCUACUUCCUCACACACUACCGAAUUCACACGGGCGUGAGACCAUACAAGUGUAAGGAGUGUGGGAAAGCCUUCAACAGCAGCUCCACUCUCAACAAUCAUUGCAGGAUCCACUCAGGCGAGAAACCCUUCAAAUGCGACGAGUGUGGGAAAACCUUCAAGCAGAGCACGAAGCUCACCCGUCACCAACGGAUUCACACCGGGGAGAAACCCUACAAGUGUGGAGAGUGUAACAAGUGCUUUGGCCGCAGCUCGUCCCUGAGGGAGCACAAGAGGAUUCAUACCGGAGAGAAGCCAUACCGCUGUCAGGUGUGUGGGAAAACCUUCAGGGUCAACUCACAUCUUUCAGAGCAUCAGCGGCUCCAUUUAAAGGUGAAGCCCUACAAGUGUGAUAAGUGCGGGAAGCACUUCCGAAACAGCUCGUACUUGUCGGAACACAAGCAGAUCCAUGUGCCCGGGGCCCGAGUGGACUGCCCAGAAUGUGGGAAAGUCUUCGCUUGCAAAGUAGCCCUUCUCAAGCACCAGAAGAGACACGAGGCGAACUCCAGGUAUCGGUGCAAGGGAUGUGGAAAGACUUUUAGGUGUAAGUCAAGCAUCCAAAGGCAUGAGAGGCUGCACGCUGGGGAGAAACCUUUUGUGUGCACUAAGUGUGACAAAGGUUUCACUGACAAAACUACACUGAAUAAUCACUUGAAAAUCCACUCUGGAGAUAGGCCGGAUCCAUGUGCCCAGUGCGGGAGAACCUUUAAAAAACUGGCUACCCUGUUGAUUCACCAGAAAAAGCAUAAUAAGAAGAAACCCACAGAUGAAUAAAAGACCUUUCACCAGAACUCACAUUUGGGUCUUUGGGACAAAGUUAAGAGAAACGACAUACGUGUACAGUUCCUCCAUUUCUUAGUAGUUGUUUUUAAGUAAGCCGGUAGUUUUCUAGAAAUGACUGUUUUUAACCCCUCCCCCUACUUCGAGCAUUUGUGCAAUAUAAACAAACAUUUUGCUGUUGUUACUAUUCCAACAGACAGGUACUACCAUCAACUGCAUCUGUGGAUAGAGGCAAAGGAUCCACAAAUACCCCACAAUGUACUAAACAGACUCCCUUGCCUUCCAGCAACUAAGGAAAAUGUGGCUGGCAUUCAGAUUUGAGAUGAAAUUCAGGUAGAGUUUUCUCUGCCAGCCACCACAGUAACCACUAACGAGGUAUGGCCAUUUAAAUAUCAAAAUGAGGUAAACAUUUAAAUGCAAACACUGAUAUGAUGAAUCAUUGAUAUUCCCAAUCCUCAAUGGCCAGUGAACCUCGCUGAGGUUCGACAUCUUCGACAGUUAACGUUUUCAACACCAUGGAAGAUUCUGUUCAGAACUGAUCUUAAUGAGCAACAAUUCUUUCAUGGGAUGACCCCGAGGCAAACAGGACACAGCUUUGUGACACUGAAUCUGUGCUUUAUUUUAUUUUAUUUUAUUUUAUUUUAACAGCGGAAUGUAGCAUUUUGUAAGGUUUGUGAAUGUUCUGGAGCCUGUGAUAUUUGGAGCUCUGGUUGGCCGGUGCUCCACCCGCAGGACUCCUACCCCAUGUGUUCAGUAGGUUACUAAUAACGUCGUUGAUAACUGUGAGCAUUUGUUGAUCGCUAUCUACCUAUCAAGUAUGGUGCUGAACUCUUUAUGUGAAUUGGCAGAGCUAAUUUUCACCAGAGUCCUAUGAGAUAAGAACUGUUAUGUACCUAACUUUCUGUUGAGAAAACCAACACUUUUUGUUCUCCUCUUUUUCUUCCUCUUCUUCCUCCUCCUCCUUUCUCUUCUUCUUUGAUUAUUUCUAUUCUUUUUCUUUUAUUCUUAUUCUCCCCAAAGGACUCCUACCUCCAUUGUGCCUUGGGCAGAAUGAUCAGUAGGUUAUUAACAGUUAUCACUGAUACAUUUGAGUGUUUAUUGAUGUCUUUCUACCUGUCAAAUAUGGUGCCGAAAUCUUUACAUGAACUAUAUCAGUUAAUCAAUCCCACCAGUCAUAUG